AUGACUGGUUGCAACCGCGUGGGGCUCCGCCGACCUGAAGAAGCUGGAGAGGUGACUAGGAGGCGACCACACCUCUCGAUCGAGCAGCCUGAGCGAAGGCGCCGACCGAGCCACCAAAGCGGGACCACGUGCGUGGCACCGCAGCCCGCGCAGGGAACGACGACCGCAACUACCAAAGGGACCACGUGGGUGGUACCACACCAGAGGCAGAAGGAGUGCCCAAGCGAGGGCAAUCACCACGCGCACGAGCUUCAACCGAGAAGGCAAGACCGGAUCGAGACACUGUGCAGCGAGGAAGGCGACAUCGAGGCCCAAGAGGCCGAACGUGAGUCUUUCGAGAACACAUUUUACCGACUCAGCGCUAAGGGCAAGCUGCUGGCGAAAAUAGAUAACGAAUCAAUACCAAAUGACCAUAGUCCGCAAGCUCCACAGCAACAGCCCCUCGGUGAGUCGAUAAAGUAUCCCGAAAUUAGCCUCCCUAGCUUCGAUGGAGACCUAACACAGUGGCUGCAGUUCCGAGACACAUUUGAUGCCCUAGUCAAUCAAGCUAGCCUGGCACCUAUUGUAAAAUAUAAAUACCUACGCAGUUGUUUACGAGACGGCGCACUUGAGGUAAUUAGUUCGCUCGAUUUCUCCGAGGAAGGGUACACGCUCGCGUGGCAGAUGCUUUGUGAACGUUAUAAUAAUCCUAAACGUUUAGUUUCCAACCACAUGCGAGCCUUGUUCGAUGUGGAACCCGUACCGUCAACUCCUUCAGGUCUUAGAGGGCUCGAGUCAGCCAACUUCCUGGCGGCACUGCGACGGUUCAUCGCCAGGAGAGGUAAACCGAAGGAGUUGGACUUCUGGCGGCGCUGGUCACGUGACUACAUCGGAACGCUGCAGGAGCGCACGAAGUGGAGGAGCGCGCGCGGCCCAAGCCUCGCAGUCGGCACCGUCGUCCUGGUGCGAGAAGAGCGCCUGCCACCCUGCCGGUGGAGGCUGGGCAAGAUCGUCGCGACGCAGCCGGGCCGGGAUGGCAUCACCAGGGUAGCCAUCAUCCGAACCGCCAGAGGAGACAUCCAACGCGCAUUCAAUAACAUUUGUCCUUUACCUACUUCGGGCCAAGUUAUAUAAGUAGUUAAUACCUACGAACCUAAUGU